AUAUUAUUCGAUUCAAAAUAUUAAAAAAUCUUUUGAUAUAUUACCAUAAUAUAUUAUGUUAAAACAAGUGACAUUAGAGAAAGUUAUAAACAUUAUUUGGUUCAGUGUAGCUUUAACUUUUUGUUGGCCACUUCCUGCCAAUAGUACCAAAAUUCAAGUGUUUGUUUUCAGAAUUUUACAAAUAAUUAGUAUUAUUAAUGCUUUUAUGCUGAUUCUGCCGUUAUCAUAUUCUAUCUAUUUGCAUUAUGAUGAUAUUGCCAUUGUCUUUCAAUCUCUUGCUAUAUUAGUAGGUUUGUCUCAAAUGAUUAUUCAAACUGUUAUAUUAUGCUUUGUUAAAUACAACUCUCUGCAACGUAUAAUUGAGGAAAUGAUAACCUGUAUCAAAGAAGCACAGCAAUAUGAAAGGAAAAUUUUCUGCAAAUAUAUCGAGAAUUGCAACAUAUUUUACGGAAGUUCUUUAACAGUCACAUAUGUGGUUGUAAUUAUUUACAUAAUGGGACCUAUAGUCCUACCAGCACCUUUUCCAGUAGAUACUGAAUAUCCGUUUCAUAUUAAUUCCACGAUAAGAAAGAUUAUCAUAUAUUUGCAACAAUCUUUACUUAUUUUUCAAUGCGCUGGACAUUUAUGCAUAAGCAUAUUUUGUGCACUUUUGCUUUGGUUCACGGCCGCGAGAUUCGAAUGUUUGAUCCUGGAAUUGCAAAAAAUCACAAAUAUUGGUAUGCUGAUUAUUUGCAUAAAAAAACAAUUGCAUUUAAGGAGAUACGCAACAAACGUGGUGAAUAGUUUUCGCUUUAUGAUAGUUUAUGCCAUCGGUGUAAGUACAUUUGCUCUGACUCUAUAUGGUAUUAUAAUGAUAGUGAAGGCACCAUUAAUUAUGAAAAUAGAAUCUGUAACUUUGAGUUUUGUUUUACUCCUACAAAUUUAUAUAUACGCAUGGCCUGCCGAUCAUAUGAAGGAUAUGAGUAUAAACGUUUCAAAAAGUGUAUACAACAUAAUAUGGUAUAAACAGACAUUGAGAAUGCAAAAAGAUCUGUUAAAUGUAUUGAUAUAUCAACGACCAAUAAUCUUUUCCGUUGAUUGUAUAUUGCCAGAACUUUCAUUACGUUAUUAUUGCUCGUACGUAUCCAAUAUUUUCUCUAUCUUCACAGCUGUACGUGUCAUCAUAGAAGAUGAUCAAUUAGAAAUUUAAUAUUGUUUUAUUAAGUUUGUCUCAAAUGAUUAUUCAAACUAUUAUAUGCUUCGUUAAAUACGACACUCUGCAACGUGUAAUCGAAGAAAUGAUAACAUAUGUGAAAGAAGCCCAACAGUAUGAAA